AUGAUCGGGUGCAGCGGAUUAACUAUGGGAGAGCUUGCAUCGGUCUAUCCGACUGCUGGGGGCCAGUAUCAUUGGACUUCUAUAUUGGCACCUCCAAAGGCCAGUCGUUUCUUGAGCUAUGCGUGCGGCAUCACCAAUGCUUAUGCCUGGAUUGCUACCACAGCCGGCAUCGCCAUCAUUGUCCCGCAGGUCAUCCUGGCUAUGGUCGUCCACUAUCAACCUGGCUACGUGGCUCAAACCUGGCAUUACUUCCUCCUUUAUCAAGCCGUCAAUUUCCUGGUUUGCAUGCACAAUAUCUUCUCAUUGAAGAAGACCAUGUGGGUCAAUGAUGUUUCAUUUGUGAUCACCUUGACAGGUUUCGUCACGAUAAUCAUUACCUGCCUGGCUCGAGCACCCCAUAAGCAGAGCAGCGAGUUCGUUUGGACCAACUUUGUGAACGAAAGCGGCUGGCCUGCUGGCAUCAGCUUUCUGACGGGACUGGUAUCACCAAAUUACAUGUACGCAGGCAUUGACGGCGCAAUCCAUCUUGCCGAAGAGUGCAAACAGGCCGAGAAGGUUGUCCCGAGGGCCAUCGUCAGCACCUUAACAAUUGGAUUCAUCACAAGUUUUAUGUUCGCGGUGUCAAUGACAUACUGUAUUGCAGACUUCGACGCCGUACUUGGUACCCCUACUGGGUUUCCAAUCUAUGAGAUCUGGUUACAAGCGACCAGAUCUAGUACCGCAGCCACGAUCUUCAUGGCCAUUCUCCUCACAGCAGCCACAGUGGCACUCAUUGCCGUUCAGCAAACAGCUUCACGCCUGACGUGGUCACUUGCACGAGAUGAGGCUUUGAUCUGGUCCAGAUUUCUCGGUCAUGUUCAUCCGUCCCUGCAAGUUCCAGUCUGGGCGCUCCUGGCCAACAAUACCAUUGUAUUCAUCAUCGGCUUCAUCUUCCUCGGAUCUUCGACGGCUUUCAAUGCCUUUAUCGGGACGGGUCUCAUCCUGCAACAAGCCACGUAUGCAAUUCCAGCUGCCCUGCUGAUGUAUAGGAGGCGGUCUUCAAUGUAUCUGCCUAUCAACAGGCCAUUCAAGCUGUUCAGCCCGGUUGGCUGGGUUGUCAACCUCUCUACCGUCGCCUUCGCUGUCGUGGUCUUGAUCUUCUACGAUUUCCCGGUUGUCAUCCCGGUAAGCGGUUCAAACAUGAAUUAUACAUCUGCUGUGAUUGGGGUUAUGGCACUAUUUGCGGCACUCAACUGGGUACUUUUUGCCCGAAGGUCGUACCAUGGCCCAAGAUUGGACUAA